GCGAUCAGUCUCGACGUACGGUUUGAGACUUCGCACUGAGUUCAACCAAUACUAACUUAUUCGAGACGGACACGAUGCCUGCGAACGAGGCUCCGCUGAGCCCUAGCAUCAAUGCCACUACAGCGACAAGCCCUGCAACAACUGAAACUACCACUGCCGCAGCGACAAACACCAAUCCAUCGGGCGCGGCGGCGAACGGCGUUCAAGAUGGUGGCAAAGCUCAGACGUCAUCAACUUCUGAGAAUGCGGUGCAGACGAUGGAACGUCCCCGCUCUGCUCUGCUGCGGCCUGGACAAGAGGAACAGGAACAAGCGGAGCGAGAAGCGCACCAAACAACGCACCAGUUGCAUGAUGGAUACGCGGCCGCAGAGAGCGAGCAGGACCACGCUUCGUGCGACCAUUUGUUGCACGACGACCAUGCUGCACUGCUCGACGCAGCGGACGACCUGCUGGCGCCAGGAAUCCAGCUCCAAGGGUCGGUGAAUGACAUGAACGACCGAGUCGAGUCGUACGUCAUGCAGACGCUCGAUCGCAUUGCCUCCGGACUGGACAGCGAUGAUGAAGACCCUGAUGGUGCAGACGCAGUUCGAGACUCCUCAAGUCACUCAGACAAUCCUGAUAACUUGCAAUUCUACCAGCAGCAUGACAACGAGCAAACUGACCGUGACGCAUCGUCGAUUCGGCGGCAACAAGAAAAGCGGGCGUCCAAACGCUCAGUGCCUUCUGGCGCCGACUCUGAUUCCGAGUGGGUCAUGUCACCAGUCGGCUCAGACGCCCGGGAUUUAAGCGAUAUGGAUGCUGGAUUCACUCCGAGCGCUUCGUCUUCGUCGGAGCAGUUUGACCAAUUUGUGCGUCGCGUACAGCAAGGAGAAUCGACGGUGGACGCUUUCAACCAGUCUCAGAUGCCACGAUCUCGACGCCCGUCAGCGGCGCACCUCGAUCGAGAGUCUGAGCAAGCACGCCGACUUCAAAAGUCAAUGUCGACGUCUUCGAUCGGUGAUCGGCUCAUUGACAAGUUUAGCGAGAUUCGCGACAAGGGAGGCGACGUCCGAUCGGCUGUGCGCCAUUUGGUGGCCCACGAGAAGGAGCGGCUGCAGCACCUGAUCUCCAAGCACCGAGACCGCAUUCGUGAGCGACAGCUCGAGCUUGCGCAUCAUCAAGCCAAGGUGAAGGCGGACUUUGAUCGCAGGCGCCAGGCGUGGGAAGAGCGCGUCUCCAAACCACCAUUUUUGCGACUGAUCGACAAGAUUUGCUUUACCGGCUUUGUCGCGUCCUUUCUGGUGACUGAAUUCCUGCUCUUGCGGUAUCCACAGUGGAUUUGGCUUUGGUAUGCCGUCUGCAUUAUUCCUCUCGUCGGAACGCGCUAUGUCUUGUAUCACCGUGAGCAAUGGCAUUACUUUCUGCUCGAUUACUGCUAUUUUGCGCAAUGCCUGCUACUCUUCUACCUAUUCUUUUAUCCAACGAGCGGCCAACUCUUCGAGCUGGUUUUUAGCAGCAUGAACGGCCCGCUAGCUUGGAGCGUUAUCACUUGGCACAACUCGUUCGUGUUUCACGAUCUCGACAAAAUGACAAGCUCAGCCAUUCAUUUGUUCCCUGCUAUCGUCACUUAUUCCAUUCGCUGGUACACGCCGCUCGAGGGCCAAGCUUCCGUGUGCUCCCAAGACGACUGCAGCAUUCCCAGCGUCUGGUCGUGGCUCUCCUCUCCUCUCGUGAUUUACGCCAUCUGGCAGCUCUCCUACUUUCUCAAGACCGAGUAUGUUGACCACGCAAAGAUUGCUGCCAAUGUUCGCCUCAAGACGAGCUAUCGUUGGCUCAGCAGUUCGCGCGGCCACAUUUCUUAUCGCAUUAUGAACAAGUUUGAUCGACGCUUUUGGCCGACCGUGUACAUGGGAAUUCAACUCUUGUUCACAGUCCUGACAAUUCUACCAACCAUCCUGUUCUUCCAGUCCUUUGUCAUGCACACCAUUUUCUUGCUCGGACUUUUGCUUGCUGCGCUUUGGAACGGUGCCAACUACUAUGUGACAUUCCUGUUUGAGCGCACACGAGCCCAACACGCGCCUCCCCCAGCUCCAAUCGUCCCGUCAGUCGUCAGUCCGCCCGCCGAUGUCGCUGGCAAGGAGCAAUAG